GAGCCGUCCACCGAAGCAUGAGCCUGCCGCCCAACUGGACCGCGUACAAGACCGCGGACGGCAAGGAGUACUACUACAACGCGCAGACCAAGGUCACGACGUGGGACCGGCCCGCGCCCAUCUCGACAGGCAAGCCCCAAGCCGCACCGAGCCCUGCGCCGAGUGGCGGCGCGGGCCGCGGUAGCCUCCUCGCACAGAUCGAGCAAGGAAAGAAGCUAAAAAAAGUCACGACGCGAGAAAGCUCGCCCCUCGCUGCUGUCGAGCCUGCAUCGUCGUCGUCGUCGUCGGGCGGCGGCGGGGGUGGCAACCCCCUCUUUGCCGCGAUCGCUGGCGGCGCCGCCAACCUCAAGAAGACCAACCGCGGAUCACCGUCGCAUGCAACGGCGCCUGUCAACAACGAUGCAAGUCCGAGCAACGGCAGUAGCAGUGGCGGUGGUUUUGCCGAAAUCAUGCGCAAGAACCGUGAGGCGGCGGCCCGGAAAGCGUCGUCUUCCGGGGCGCCCCUGAGCAACGGCAGCAACGCAAGCUCUGGAAGUCCCAUCACACCGACGCCGACGCCGAUGCCGGCUUACCGCAAGUCGGUGUCGAUGGCGCCAUCGGGGUCCUUAUCCAACCUCCUUGCCGCCGAGGGCGGGUCCGGUCCGCUCGAAGAGCAGCUCAACCGCAUCGAAGCCAAGCUCGACAAGAUCAUGGCCGCCCUCAACAUUGCCUGAACUCGUAACACAUAUAACACACACAAGGAAUGCAAAAACGAUCUCGUC